AUGGCGGGGAGGAAACACGCGCCACGGAUGCGCGAGCUUCGCGAUGGCCAAAACGACAGCAGCCAGAACAGCCAGAAUGACUCGGAUGGUCUACUCUCGGUAGAGCCUUCACAACAGUCGUACCUCUCGGUUCCAAGCUCACCCUCGAGCUAUCGCCGCACACGACCCAGCAUGACGAACCAAGCCGCGGGUGAAGGGACAGACACCGUGCGAAGCAACCCACCGACCCGACACCAUAGCCGGGCAAACUCAUGGGGCCAACGCCUGAUACGCGCCCUUGCCGACCGUCAAGAGGAAUCCGUUUCCGAAUCCAAAGGGUCCCUAUUCCCUGACGACCGCGUCUGGUAUGACCAGUUUACCUCGACCGAUUGGGUUCACGAUAGCAUCGCCGACGCCCAUCGUGUAAAGGCCCUUCGCAGCCGGAAGGACUUCUGGGGCCGCGUCUACAUUCUGUUCGACGGUGCUCAGGGAUGGAUACUCAGUGCUCUGGUCGGUUUUGUUAUUGCUGUCUUGGCCUACAUCGUCGACGUCACCGAGUCGACAUUCUUCGACUUCAAGGACGGUUAUUGUGCAAGAGGCUUGUUGAUCAGUGAAAAGAGGUGCUGUCCGCACGGCCCUUGUACCGACUGGAGGGACUGGGGUGAGGUUAUGCAUGGAUGGCCGUUCGGAGAGCGCUGGACCGAGUUUGUCAUCUAUCUCGGCUUGGCAAUUACUCUGGCCAGCGUAUCCUGCUUGCUCACUCUAACCACCAAGACCGUUGUUCCUUCGGCGUACCGUUUGUCGACUCUGGAUGAGAAUCUGGCUGCUGCUCCGGUGUCACCUGGAGGCGAUGGUGAUGAAGAGGGUGAAAGUCCCAAUGGCAACGGUACUCCCAGCCGACGGGCAUCUGUUGCUCCGCCUGCCUCUGCUCCUCCGAUGAUUUACUACUCGGCUGCUGGAAGCGGUGUCGCCGAGGUUCGCGUCAUUCUCAGCGGAUUCGUCCUCCACGGGUUCUUGGGUCUCAAAACUCUCAUUAUCAAGACGGUCGGCCUCGUUCUGAGCGUUGCGUCUGGUUUGAGUUUGGGCAAGGAAGGCCCAUACGUACACAUUGCGACCUGUGUCGGCAACAUUGCCUGCCGUCUUUUCAGCAAGUAUGAUCGCAACGAUGCCAAGCGCCGUGAGGUUCUCUCUGCUGCUGCCGCCGCUGGCGUGGCUGUUGCAUUUGGUGCUCCUCUGGGUGGUGUACUCUUUGGUCUGGAAGAAGUGGCCUAUUUCUUCCCUGCCAAGACCCUCUUCAGGACCUUCUUCUGCUGCAUCACGGCGGCGUUGACGCUCAAGUUCCUCAAUCCCUAUGGGACCCAAAAGAUCGUCAUGUUCCAGGUGCGCUAUCUGAUUGACUGGGAAUACUUCGAGCUGGUAAGCUUCAUCCUUGUCGGAGUCCUCGGCGGGGCGGCCGGUGCCCUUUUCAUCAAGGCAUCUCGCAAGUGGGCGGUGACCUUCCGCAGGAUUCCUGUCAUCAAGAAGCAUCCUCUUCUGGAAGUCGUCCUGGUGGCGCUUGUUACCGGCCUGAUCGGCUACUGGAACGGCCUGACCAAGAUGCCUGUUGCCAAGCUGCUAUAUAACCUCGCGGCGCCAUGUGAUGACCGGGACAACAACCUAGAGGAUCUCGGCCUCUGCCCCGACUCCAAGGCCGAUAUCCCUCCCAUCCUCUGGCACUUGCUCUGGGCCUUCCUCAUCAAGGGUUUCCUAACCAUCAUCACCUUCGGUAUCAAAGUUCCCGCAGGCAUCUACGUGCCCUCGAUGGUAGUCGGCGGUCUCAUGGGCCGUCUCAUCGGACACAUGGUCCAAUGGCUCGUCCUCGCCUUCCCCGACUCGGCCAUGUUCAGCAGCUGCAACAAGGUCUCUUCCGUCUCGUGCAUCCAACCGGGCGUGUACGGCCUGAUCGCCGCCGGCUCGACCAUGUGCGGCGUCACCCGCCUGUCCGUCACGCUGGCCGUCAUCCUGUUCGAACUUACCGGCAGUCUCGACUACGUGCUCCCCUUCAGUCUUGCCAUUCUAGUAGCCAAGUGGACAGCCGAUGCCAUCGAGCCGCUUUCCAUCUACGACCUGUUAACAGAAAUGAACUCGUAUCCGUUCCUCAACAACAAGCACAAGCCCAUCUUCACGUCAGAACUGAUCGACAUCGUCCCGCGUGUGCGCCGCGAGCGCAUCAUCGACAUCUCCAAUUCGCCGCUUGUGCCAGCUACCUCGCUGCGCUCCAAGCUCGAGUCGCUGCACCGGGCCGGCGAGCUGGACGGUGGUUUGCCGAUUGUUCGGAAUGAGAUUCUCGUGGGGUUGAUCCCGGCGCCGGAUCUGGAGUAUGCAUUGGAUAACCUGCCGGAUGAGAGCACGGCGCUGUGUUUGAUGGCGAAUGUGCCGAGUAUUGAUGAUAGUGAUGAUGAGGAGGCUGGGGGUAGGAGGGAUCCGACGGACUUUUCGCCUUAUAUUGAUCCGGCACCAGUAGCAUUGGAUAUCCGAUCUCCUAUGGACUUGGUCUAUGAGCUUUUCGUCAAAUUGGGGUUGAGAUACAUUUGCAUUUUGAGAGACGGGAAAUAUGCCGGCAUGACACAUAAGAAGACCUUCGUCAAGUACAUGCGCGAGUUGGAGGAGAAGGAGGGCAAGGAAUGA